AAAUCAAGCGGUUGGUUUAUAAUCCGCGUUCAUUAACUUCUUUAUCCAUUUUCAUCUCUUCAAUGGCGGGUUCUUUAGGUUCAGUUGAAGAGAUGAGGGAAGUGUUCAACAAGUUCGACAAAAACGGCGACGGUAGAAUCUCUCGCGAGGAACUGAAAUCGGUCCUCAGUGCUUUAGGUUCCACGCCUUCUUCCGACGAAAUCGAUCGGAUGAUGUCGGAGAUGGACAAGGACGGAGAUGGCUACGUCGAUCUAGACGAGUUCAUUGCUUUCCAGAGAACAAACGUCGAUGGCGACGAUGGCCAGUGUGGGAACAAAGAACUCAAAGAUGCUUUUGACAUGUACGAUCUGGACAAGAACGGAUUGAUUUCGGCGAAAGAGUUACACGCCGUGAUGAAGAGAUUGGGCGAAAAGUGCUCUUUGAGUGAUUGCCGGAGAAUGAUCAGUCAAGUCGAUAAAGACGGCGACGGAAACGUGAACUUCGAAGAGUUCAAGAAGAUGAUGACCAAUGCCUGAACAAAAAAAAAUAUACCAGGUUAAGUGGUUAGGUUUAUUCUGUUCCCAGUUUGUUUUAGCCAAUUUUAUUUAUGAAAUAGUAGUAGUUUCGAUUUAAUUU